AAACAGCAUAGCUGCCUCAGCAGUGUGUGCCUUCAAUCUGAGUGCCAUUACUCAGGCAUUUAAUGGUCCUUUCCGUUACCAAGAAAAUCCAAGAUCAGCCUGGCUGCCAACGUUAAACCCCAUCCCUAAUUUCCAGUGUGGGACACUGAGUGAUGACAGCCCUAACGAGAACCUGACGGAGAGAGUCCUGCAGGAUGCGCAGCGCCUGUUCCUGAUGAAUGAUGUCGUGCAGCCGGUGACUGUAGAUCCAUACGUGACUCAGGACAGCAUUCGAUUUUCCAAACUGGUGGUUGAUAUUGUUCAGGGGAAGGACACUCUCUACCACGUGAUGUAUAUUGGGACAGAGUAUGGCACCAUCUUGAAGGCCCUUUCUACCACUAACAGGAGCCUGAGGAGCUGUUAUUUAGAGGAAAUGCAGAUCCUCCCUGACGGACAACGAGAAGCAAUCAAGAGUCUCCAAAUCCUGCACAGCGACAGGUCACUCUUUGUGGGCUUAAAUAAUGGAGUGCUAAAAAUUCCUCUGGAGAGAUGCUCCAUGUACAGAACAGAAGGGGAAUGCCUAGGAGCCAGAGACCCUUAUUGCGGCUGGGAUAACAAGCAGAAGCGAUGCACCACCAUUGAGGACAGCUCCAACAUGAGCCUCUGGACUCAAAAUAUUACUGAGUGCCCAGUGAAAAACCUGACAACAAAUGGAAGAUUGGGGCCUUGGUCCCCAUGGCAACUUUGUGAGCAUUCGGAUGGGGACAGCACAGGCUCCUGUAUGUGUAGGUCACGUUCAUGUGACAGCCCUCGUCCUCGCUGCGGAGGUCGCGGCUGUGAAGGGGCCAGGAUUGAGGUCGCAAAUUGUUCAAGAAAUGGCGCUUGGACACCCUGGUCUUCCUGGGCCCCGUGCAGCACCUCCUGUGGGAUUGGCUUUCAGGUCCGCCAGCGAACCUGCAGCAACCCUGCUCCACGGUACGGGGGCAGGGUCUGUGUUGGACAGAGCAGGGAAGAAAGAUUCUGUAAUGAGAACAGUCCAUGUCCAUUACCAAUUUUUUGGUCUUCAUGGGGUCCUUGGAAUAAAUGUAGUGUGAACUGUGGUGGAGGGAUUCAUUCAAGGCAGAGGUCCUGUGAAAACGGAAAUACGUGUCCAGGCUGUGCUGUGGAAUAUAAGACCUGCAACCCAGAGAGCUGUCCGGAGGUGCGCAGGAACACACCCUGGACCCCUUGGAUGCCUGUCAACAUCACCCAGAAUGGUGCCCGCCAGGAGCAGCGCUUCCGCUACACAUGUCGUGCCCAGCUGUCCGAUCCCCAUGAGCUGCAGUUUGGGAGGAAGAAAACCGAGAGUCGAUUCUGCCCCAAUGAUGGCUCAGCAGUGUGUGAUACUGACUCUCUUGUUGAUGACCUUCUCAAGACUGGUAAGACCUCUGCACGGAUUAUCAAUGGGGGCUGGUCCUUCUGGGGGGCCUGGUCUUCCUGUUCCAGGGACUGUGAGUUGGGCUUUAGGAUCAGGAAGAGAACAUGCACAAACCCUGAACCUAAAAAUGGUGGCUUGCCCUGCGUGGGGUCAGCAAUGGAGUACCAAGACUGCAAUCCACAUCCGUGCCCAGUGAAAGGCUCAUGGUCUUGCUGGACUCCUUGGUCUCACUGCUCAGCAACCUGUGGAGGAGGACACUACCAGCGCACACGGACUUGCACCAAUCCAGCUCCGUCUAGUGGAGAGGAUAUCUGCAUUGGUCUGCACACCGAGGAGGCCCUUUGCAACACGCACCCAUGUGAAGGUGGCUGGUCAGAGUGGUCAGAGUGGAGCUUGUGUAAUGAAGAGGGCAUCCAAUAUCGCAGCCGUUACUGCGAGGUACACAGCCCAGACUCUUCUCAGUGUGUCGGAAACAGCACGCAGUACCAAGAUUGCCUGUAUAAUGAAAUUCCUGUGAUCCUGCCAGCCUCCAGCAUUGAUGAGAGCACGAACUGUGGAGGUUUUAGUCUCAUCCAUCUGAUUGCCACUGGGGUCUCCUGUUUCUUCGGCUCUAGCCUCUUAACGUUUGUGAUUUACGUGUACUGCCAGCGCUGUCAGAGGCAGUCCCAGGAGUCAACUGUUAUCCACCCAACCACUCCCAACCAUCUCCAUUACAAGGGCAACACAACCCCCAAGAACGAGAAGUACACCCCUAUGGAGUUCAAGACACUUAACAAGAACAACUUGAUACCAGAUGAUAGGACCAACUUCUACCCAUUGCAGCAAACCAAUGUGUACACGACAACCUAUUAUCCCAGUACACUGAAUAAAUAUGACUACAGGCCCGAGGCCUCCCCUGGAAGGACCUUUACCAACAGCUGA